CAGAGCAGCAGUUGACUUGAAGGGAUGCGACUGCGACGCUGGUGUUGUUUUUCUCUUCUGCACAUAUUCACAAGAGCCGAGACGACAGCAGCACACGCGCCUUUGCUUGUCUCGGUAAAGCUCUGUGGACGCAAUGACUAAUUAAUGACAUAUUUUUUUCCCUCCCUCAUUGAGGAAACGGAAAACACCUUUUGGCCACAGUGGACGGCGCGUGAGGAUUCUCUUGACUGUUCGUGUUUGGAAACGCACGCCAGUGCAUUGUCGUUACUGCUUACGGUUUACACUUGAAACAACGGUUAGACUUUUUUUUCCCAUUUUGGGAGCGUUUUAUUGCUGCGCAAGGAUUUCGUGCUCAUCUGAAAAACAAGCGUGGAGGCAAAUAUCAAAAGGAAUUCAACUCAGAUCCAAAUCAGUAAAAGAGAUGACCCUCGUCUUGUCCAUGAAUCCUUUCUUUGAGCCAGAGGGAGAAACUCCCCUCCCAACUUACCAACCGAUCUGGAAAACGGAGCGCUGCAGUAAGACCUGCCUGUCAAACACCACCUCGCCAGGCCACACGGAACACAGAUUGAAACCGGAGCCUCCAUUUCGACGACUUCCUGACCAUGUGUCAAUGUCAAGAAUUGCAUACUUCAAGAGGAAGUUUGUUGAUGAUGAUGAAGCUUCAUUCAGUUUCAGGACAUACUGCCAAACUGUGGCCCCGGUUUUGGAGGAACGGGCCCACGUUCUGCGUCUCUCGCUGGAGAAAAUGCGGUUCAUUGAUGACCCUGAGGUUUUCCUGCGACGCUCCGUUCUUGUUAACAACCUCCUCCGGCGUUUACGAACUGACAUUCUGCUCCAGAGCACUGAAUGGUGCUUCUCUCCCAACCCAGUUUUUACCGGUUUCUUACCCCCAACCUUGAACUCCACACAACAGGGACUCAACAGGUCCGUACCCACACAGAUGUGCUUAGCACCCCAAGUCGGACCACCCUUUCGUAAGCGGUUCCGAAUUGUCCGUGCAGGACAAGGGGACCUCGGGGAUGACUGCGCCCAGACAUGUUGCUGCAUCUAUGCUGCAGCGGCAGCUGCAGGACACUACCUUCAUCUCCCUUUCUCCAUGUACGAUACAGAAUUGCCCACGCCGCACUCGUCCUCUUUUCAAAUAGCUAGCCAUCCUAAGUUAGGUCUGACUGUCAUAGAAGGGCCUGAUGAUGAGGAUGAAGAAGAAGAAGAGGAAGAGGAUGAAAUUGAGGAAGAGGAAGAGGAGGAGGAAGAGGUUGGAGAAAGGAGACAUGCGGGACCUUCUACCGACUGGCUUAGAGUGACGUCAAGGCAGACAAGUCGGACAAGAACCAUUCGGACAAGAACCAUGCAAAGUCCCGCUCACAGCGGCACACAAGCAGAUAACUGCCUGUCAGAUCGCGUGGAAGACCAGGAGGAGGUUGAGCUAGAAGAGGAGGCCUGCGGCAUCCCACCUAGUGAGUGGGAUUCUGAUCCUGAAGAACUUCACAAGCGUCACUGUCGGCAGCGUCUGGGUCACAGACAAUGACAACUGGGUUCCAUACAAGUCUUGGAGACUAUAAACGCAGACAUGACAACUUCUUUCGUAGUACUUUACUGGUGAUGCCAAGCUAACUGAUAUUUCACGAUGAAAGAAAGAGGAGACUGACCAUGCAUUUGGUAGCGUGACGUUUGUUUAAAUUUGAAGGAAUUUAAAAUUCAGUCUUGCAUUGUCUCCAAGACUCUUUUUGUUCUCCAUAACAGUACAAAGGUAUCAAAUGAAGCCUUGCAUUGGUGCAAUUGUCUUAUUUCAGAACCCUAAACAAGAGUGUCUGUUUAUGACUGUGUUCUGAAUACUACGUAGCAUUCCAAAACUUGACUUUUUUUUUUUUUUGGUUACAUGAAAUGAUGUACAGUAUUCUGUUUCUUCAACCUCCAACAGAGACACUAUUGUGUCUUCUUUACAUUAUAGAGACAACAAUCUUAAGCAUUGGCAAUGUUAAAACAUAAAUCUAAGUGCCUUAGAGUUUUUACGCUUCUUGUAUUUUAUGCGUUCAUGUAAUUGUUCCUAAAAGACUUGACACUGGCAUUUUGUUGAAUGCUGUGAUUUCUUUCAUGUGUGGGUGGAAUUAUUACUAAAUAUAUGCUCAAAAUACAAUCUGUUUUUUGUUUGUUGGUUUGUUUUUUGCAUGUCAAUGAUAACUCAGCACUGACCAUUCACAAACUUGAGCCAACUUGAGUGAUGGCUUACUAAAGCCUAAUUUGUAUCUUUUUCUCAUGGAUAUUUUACCAGAAUUCUUUCUUGUUUUGUUCAAAAAGAUUUGACCUAAAAUGCAACAUUGAAAUCUCACGAUGAACAGAGUUCGUUUCUCUUAGCUUUGUCUUCCCAUAUAUGGGUUUUUGUGUUACAUAUUUUUACAUAUCAUUACUGAUGGGAAAAUGAGGCUUCAAAAUGCUUCAUGAACCACUUUAUCGAGUCCUUGAGAUGGCACUCUCUUUUCAACAAAGGGCUGAAUACACAUUGACUUGCCAUUUCUUAAACCCCUUUCUUUAAACCAACAGCGCCAUCUACAUGAGUGAAAAAAAUACAACUGGUUUGUGAAGAAAAUAUGAAGCCUCAUUUUUCCAUCACUACAUACACUAUCAUACCUUAUCAACAUCAAGAAUUAUUGCAAUGUCACAUUUUAAUCAAUCAACAAUGGUUUGUUUGGCAUUGAAGAAAGUCACCAUACUGUACAUAAAUCCUGAGAUCCAUGCUAAUAGAUGUCUCAAUAAAUCCUUCAAUUUUCUUUCUUUCUUUAUUUUUUUUUUUUGCCAAUAAAUAAAAGCUACACAAUCUGGAACCUAGAAGUUGCACAUUAGAUCCCAUCGGAGCACAGAAGCGAAGAACGAUUAUUCAAUGACCAAUCAGUUGACAGAAGCGUGUCGAACGCCAUUCCUUGACACUUCAAACAAACGAUACAGUGCAU